UGCGGAGGCGGAGAGCAGGCCCUGCGGGACUGUCCCCGGAGCCCCUGGGGCCGGAGCAACUGUGACCACAGUGAGGACGCAGGGCUGGUCUGCACAGACAUCUCCCCGCCGCUGGCCUCCCCCACGGCCCCUUGGGAGCCUGGGCCGGAAGCUGGCUCCCCGCAGCUGAGGCUGGUGGCUGGGCCCAGCAGAUGCUCAGGCCGGCUGGAGGUGUGGCAUGCCGGGCGCUGGGGCACCGUGUGCGACGACAGCUGGGACCCGCGGGACUCCGCUGUGGUCUGCCGGGAGCUGGGCUGCGGGGGGGCUCGGCAGCCGGACCCCUCUGCAGGCCGCUUCGGCUGGGGCUCCGGCCCCAUCUGGCUGGACGACGUGGCGUGUGUGGGGACCGAGGCGUCGCUCCUUGAUUGCCCUGCCGCUCCCUGGGGGAAGCACAACUGCGCUCACAAUGAGGACGUUGGCGUCAUGUGCACUGGGACCCCCGGCCUGGACUCCAUCGCAGACCCCUUCAGCUGGAGCUGGCUCCCCGGCCUGGGCAGAGACCCGGAUGCCUGGCUCCCGGGGGAGCCGGCCACCAAGCCCCCCGAAGGGCUGAGCCCCAGUGUCCCCGAGAGAACCACCCAGGCCCCCGGGAAGAUGCCCAAGAGCACCAAGAAGUGGGUGACCAAGCACCCAAAGAGGCCGGCCACUCCGGCCCCCAGGACGCCGACCACUAAACACUCCAGGAGCCCGGGCACACGGGGCCCCCCUGAACUGAGCUCCCGGACCACUGCAUCCUUGACCACUGAGGCCCCCCGCAAGCUGACCUCACAUACCAGCACAACGCCGACCCCCCGAGCCCCCUGGGAGCGGACCUCUAAGACUGUGACAAUGAUGACCACUCAAGAUCCCGGAGAGGUAACCUCUCUGUCCCCGGUGGAGCCAUCAGCCAAGACCCCAGCAGAAGGCCCUUCAGAAUCAUCCAAAGACCCAGCCCCCUCCCCCACCGGGGGCUCCCCCGGGGGAUCAGGCCCCUUCCGGGUUCGUCUGGCCGAUGGGCCUAACCGGUGUGCCGGCCGGCUGGAGGUGUGGCACGCUGGACUCUGGGGGACAGUGUGCGAUGACAAGUGGGACCUGCGGGACAGCACCGUGGCCUGCGGGGAGCUGGGCUGUGGACGAGUCCGGCCCCGCGUGGGCAAAACCCACUACGGUCCCGGGACCGGGCCCAUCUGGCUGGACGACGUGGGCUGCAAAGGGACGGAGGCCUCGCUGAGCGACUGCCCCGCGGGGCCCUGGGGACAGCACAACUGCGGCCACGAGGAGGACGUAGUGCUGACCUGCACUGGCCACGCCGACGAGGAGGACUACCCCGCCUGGACCUGGGACCCCACCUCCGGAGAGGACCUGGCCCAGGGCACCCCCGCUGCAGGGGCGCCUGGACACACUGCCUCCUGGGGUAGCACCCGGAGCCCUGGGGUCCCCUCCCCAGAGAUGAGGCGCCUCCCGGGCCCAGGUGAGGAGCAUGGCCAGUGGCGGCGGGGCCUCCACCCCACCACGACCCCUCACCCCAUCACGAUCCCUCACCCCACCACAACCCCGCAACCAGCCACAGCUGCUCACCCAGCCACAACCCCUUUCCCCUCCACGACCCCUCACCUCCCCACGACCUCUCACCCCACCACAACCUCUCAACCCAUAUCGACCCCUAAUCCCAUCACAAUCCCUUACCCUGUCACUGCCCCUCACCCCACCACGACCCCUCACCCUACGACCACUACUCACCCCGCCUUGGCUCCUGGCCCUACCUCAGCCCCUGUGGUCACCACUAAGUCCCUUUUAACUUCCUCGGAAACAGAACUCCCCUCCCCCACUCCCGCACUGACAGCCAAGCCCAGCCUGCACCCCCAGUGGACCUUCAUGGGGGCCCCUCAUCCCUCCCCUUCCCAUGUGUCCAGCCUAGAGCCCUCUCCAGACCCAGAGUCCAACCCCUCCAGCCCCUCUCCAGCCCCAAGCAUGGACGCCCCAUGCACGGAGGACUUCAAGCCAUCCAGCAGCCAGAGCCACGGACUGACCCCUCCACCUCCUCAGACCCCGCACGCAGCCCCUGACCCCACUGUGAGGCCGGACCUCCGCCUGCCCCCCAUGGCCCACCCCUUAGAGCAACCUCCUCCUGACCAUCUCACCCCGGGGCCAAUCCCCGGCCAGAGCCCAGGCCCCCUUGGCCCCUGCGUGGCCCCGGUGCCACCUGUCAGGGGUGAUGAUGAUGAUGAUGACAAUGAUGACCGUGGUGAUGGUGUUGAUGGUGGUGGAGAUGAUUGUAGGGGUGACGAUGGUGGUGAUGGUGACGAUGAUGAUCAUGGUGAUGGUGUUGAUGGUGUGGAGAUGAUUGUAGGGGUGACGAUGGUGGUGAUGGCGACGAUGGUGGUGAUGAUCCUGGGGAUGGUGUUGAUGGUGUGGAGAUGA